AUGCCCUCGAGGUUCGUUUUUCCAACCGAUUUAAUGUUUAGGAAUGAUAACGCGACCGUUACAACACUAAAGUCUCUCCCUAACUUUGAAAUCGAGAAACUUAGGCACCUUUUUUCGGUCCAUGAAGACCUUGGAAUUGACCCUGAAAAGAUAAAAAAACCUUUAUUGGAUCUUAUCAAACAAAACCAUAUGUUUCCUUAUUAUGAACGCAUAAAACCUAAGCUUGGUAUAAUUGAGGAUGAUUUCGAGAUUGAAAGCUUUAAGGAGCUAAACGCAAAGACACUUGCUGAAUUGGAUGAAAAGAUUGAAUUUGCAGAAAAGAACUUUGGCUCCUCAGAAAUCAAAGACUCGAUCCUAGAUAAGGGCAAUUACUAUUUCAAAAUAGGUGAUCAUGAGAAUACAGUGAGGGUGUAUGAACAGGCUCUCGAGAAGACUGUUGGAAUUAACAGUAAACUGGAGAUCAUGCUCACAAUUUUGAGGGCUGCCUUUUUCUUCAAUGACCUUCCACUACUCGUUAAAUACAUGGAGAAGGCUAAGCUGUAUCCACCAAAAUUUCUAUUCUAUAUAGUUAAUUUAUAUAUUUUCAGUGAUAUUGAGAAGGGAGGUGAUUGGGAGCUCAGAAACAGAUUACACAUUUAUGAAGCCGUACAAUUAAUGCUGUGUAGAAAGUUUAAAGAAGCCACUGAACUCUUUCUUGAGUCCCUUUCAACAUUCACAGCCACCGAACUAAUCUCCCUCGAGGAACUUGUACUCUACUCAAUAGUUCUCUCAUUGAUAACAAUGGGUCGUAAUGUGAUAAAUAAAAAGGUGUUAUUAUCAAGUGAAGUGGCGCAAGUAGCUUCGCCAGGGUCAUCACUAUACCAACUCAUUAGUGAUUAUUAUAACUGUAACUAUAAAAACUACAUGAAACACCUUGGUAUUUAUGUACUCGAUAUUAACUUUUUAGUUGACGUGAGUAAACUGAUACUGAAAGACCGCUACCUUGGACGACACUGCAGAUAUUUCGUCCGCCAGGCGAGAUUACCAGCCUACAAGCAAUUUCUGAGACCUUACAAGUCUGUCACAUUGAAAAAUAUGGCAGACGCAUUCCAAGUCUCAACUGAAUUCAUCGAAGAAGAAUUAGUAUCAUAUAUCAGUGGAAUGAGGCUGGAUUGUAAGAUAGAUAAGGUGAACGGUAUAAUUGAGAAUAAUGUCGGGGAUGAGAGGAAUAAUAACUAUGUAAAGACCAUAAAACAGGUAAGUUGUUUUAUACACAAAAUACUCAGGGCGAUCUUUUGA